CCUGUGCAUAGCUAUGCCUGGUGGGGAAUUAGUUUUCUAGGUAGAGUAGGGUUUGGACCGAUCGACCCUGCGCAUCUUCGGCAUUUCGAGCGCGAAUGGGAUCGGUGGAUGGAGAUUAUUGUGUAGAAUCGAAGAAAUCGGCAAUGGCGGGCGGAGGAUCGAGCGCCACGGCCACGGCGGCGGCGAGCAGAGGCGCGCGGCGGAGCCUGGCCAAGGAUCUCAAGGAUCAAGAACCCUACUCCCCGCGGCUCUUCACCAAGAAGCAGCUGCUCCUCCUCCAGCAGCAGCGGCAGUACCAGUUCUUGGAAGAUCAUCAUCGCCAGCAGCAUUCCCAGCAGCAGCAGCAAGCGCCAGUCAAUCUUCUCAACUCGAGAAGGGUUUAUCCCUCUUCCUCCUCCUCCAGGCAGCUCCUCCUGCGCAAUGCGGCGGAUUUCGACAGCUCCAGCCAUGGAUCACCGCUCGUUCUUCCCCGCAAGGUCCCCAAGAAGAUGGUCGUGGAUGAGAAGCAGCUGGCCAUGAAGCUCCUCCGGGCAAGGAAUCUCGUCUCUUGCUCCUCCACCUCUUCGUCUUCUUCCUCGUCCGAGAAUGCAUCGCUCAGGGCAUCGGCCGAGGGUGGGGAUAUUUUGCCCAGAUCCUCGCUCGAUAUUCCGAGAAGGAGCUUGCUAUCGGGCUAUGGCGGCGCUAGAAGCCAGCAGAUUCACUCCCUCGUCCGCCAAAAAUCCGUGUCCUCCAGUAGCAGCAGCCUAGAGAACGCCGGCGCCGAGGAGAAGAUCAAGGCAUUGUCGAGCGGGACGAUGGUGAUGUCUUGCUCGGGGCGGAGCUCCGACGCCGAGGAGAGCACCAGUGGCAGCAGCGUGGUGAGGAUGAUCAUGGGAAGAAAUGGAAAUGGUGGAUAUGCGAGGAGAGCGCACCAUCACAUCCCCCCUACUGCUCCUCCAGCGCCACCUCCAGUGGCUCCAAUGCUCUUGCGAUCGGCGUCGUGUUCUUCCGCGAUGUCGAGCUCUUCCAGCUUGAGCAAACUGGUAAGGUUGAAAGCCGCGGAUAUGGGCGUGACGAUGCAAGAGCACGCCUUCUACUGCGCGAACCAGGUGCUCGACGCCAUGGACAAGCUGCAUUGUAAGAGAGUAGCUUGGACGCUCAAGAAGGAAUUUGACAAGGCAUACGGGCCAGCAUGGCACUGCAUUGUGGGGACGAGCUUUGGAUCUUAUGUGACACACUCGGUCGGUGGCUUCCUCUACUUUUCUAUUGGCAAAGUUUCUGUUCUACUUUUCCAAACGGCCGUGGAACUGAUAGAACACCACUGAAGAAGAAGAAGAAAACAGCUCACUCACUCGUUUCCAACAACACCGAGGCAAAAGAUAAAAGAAAGGAUUUGUUUGAGGACAGAUUCAGAUCAUCGCAGGCUUUAACUUUUGCUUCGACUCUUUUUGUUCCAGAGGUUGAAGUUUGAGGCCUGGAUCUGGACGUGAUCUGGAUCGAGAGAGCGAGCGAGCGAGUGUGGUUUGUUCGUUUCCUUUUCCUAGCUAGGAUUGAUUGAUCUAAUCUUGUGUUAGUUCAUAGUUUCAGGAAAGCUGUAGGCUAAGAAUGUACAGGAAAGAACAGACCCAAGACUUUCGUGUCACAUCCUCUCUCGUGUCAACAUUGGUUGCAAUUUCGACGUCCAACAUAUCGUGCAUCAUUCUCUUCGGUCAAUUUUUCUUGUCGCUCGGGAAAGCCCAGGAAUCUCGAGCGAGUCAUUAUCGCCAAGCCAAACUCAACGAGUUUCGCUGAGUCCUGACUGAAAACACAGUUUCUUAAGUCUCGUCA